AGGUAGUAGAAGUGCCUGAAGAAAGAUGAAGACACUAAAAAUCGGGCUAGUCCUGGUCCUGGGACUGAGUAUCGUGGCAUCAAAGCCAACGAAGAAGCCGCAUCCUAAAGAUUUGAAACUGCGCAGACUCCUGGAUCUACUGGAUGAGUUUGUUGAUAAAAGAGGUCAGAACCCAGGUAACGAGGUGAGCGAGGACAACAAGGAGAGACAGACAGUUCACACAAACGGCACGGACGUCAAGCCAAAAAACAUCCACGUCAAUAAGAAGCAGCAACAAGCGGACAACCACGACAGACAUCCUUUAGCCCCACCCCCACCGCCCGUCAACAAACGAGGGGAAAGUGGAAUUGAAACUAGAAAUUUUGGGAUCUCUCCGAGUUCGCUUUGGCCAGGCGGGGUCAUUCCAUACGAAAUCGAUGAAACUUCUUUUGGGAGUAGAUUAUCUACCGCUGUGGAUCGCAUUCAGGCCACUGCAUCGAACAUCUCCGCAACAACCUGCGUGAGAUGGAGACUGAAAACAGUUGAUGAUCAAUAUUUUGUUCGCUUCACUGGUGACACGUCCGGGUGUUGGUCCUAUGUUGGAAACAUCAGACGCGAUGGUGGACAACCUCUUGGUCUCGGAAGUGGAUGUUUAUCUGGAUACAUCAUCUUGCACGAGAUGCAGCACGCCAUGGGAGGGAUCCACGAACAACAGAGAGACAGGAGGAAGUACUUUGUGAAGAUCAACUGGGAAAACAUCCGGCCUGAUUACAACAAUCAAUACGCCCUCAGUCAACAUACCAUCAACAACGAACCUUACGAUUACAGAUCUAUACUGCAGUAUCAUUUAACGGCAUUCACUUCAAAUGGAAAGGUCACCAUGACUAUCCCUGAUCCCGAUCUAACGUAUCUGAUUACCAACAGCAAAUACGUUUUGUCGUACUACGACUUGGCGGAGAUCAACAAAGUGUACAACUGCCCAACAGCGGCCUGUACUUUAGACUGUAAGUAUGGCGGGUUCAGAAAGAGACCAUUGGCCCAGGCGGCCUGUAGCUGUCACUGUCCCACGGGACUUAAAGGGGUAACCUGUGAAGAACUGGACACCGAUCCUGAUUGUGGUGGUAUCAUCAAUUUAUCAAAUGGCGGGUCCGACGAAAUCAAGAUGACGUCAUACACAACUGGAAAAGAGUGCACAUGGCUCGUAAAGGGUGAACCCAACUCCAUCAUGACGGCCACAGUUACAUCGGUUGAUCUCCCCUUCGACUCAAAUAACGACUGUCAUCAUUGGUUGGAAUUCCGUGAUUACCUCAUCGGCAAUGACGGAAAAGAAUUGUGUGGACAAUCUACAGUUCCCAAAACAUAUACACAGACCAACAUCGGCGAGUAUUCUCCCUUCAUGAUUAGAUUCAACAGCAAAAAUGCCUUCACGCCGGGAACAGGUUUUACCAUUAAAGUGGAAGCCAUUCAAUCAGGUUGUAUGAGUUCUCCCUGUAAGACGGGGUCCCUGUGCUCGGAAAAUGGCGGGGGUGGAGCUUACACGUGUGCCUGCACCAACGGCAUGUCGGGCACAAACUGUGACGAAUUCAGAGCUCCCUCAUACAAUUUAUGCGACACUGAAGAUGAUUAUGGUACAUGUUUGUUUGAUCAGGAUAAUUCAGGGGACAUAAUUUGGAGCUUCAACACAAAAUUGUGUGACUGGCGAGGUUGCGACAACGGGGUGUUAACUCGCGGUACGGGCUACCAAUUUCUUACCCUGACUCCGUAUUACGACAGCGUCCAAUGGAACUAUGGGUCAAAGGCCCUCAUAACGACAUCCGCCACAUUUACAGCUGUCGAUCGCUGUUUGUCUUUCGAAUACGCCAUUGGUAAUUAUGUCCAAGGAGAUUGGCUCACAAAACUCAACGUGUAUGUGGAAGGAACUGGAAAAGCGAAAACCAACAUUAAAAAUAUUCAAACAACUACGAAUUAUGCCUGGCAGACUGAUUCGGUUUCCAUUGAAGCUGUCGCGAACAUGGUGAUCACGAUAGAGGGCGUGAUUGGGCCCCAGCUGAUUGGUGUGGACAAUAUUUCCCUUCGUCCGGGCUUAUGUACAAAUACCCCUUGCAACCCGAAUCCAUGUCAAAACUCCGGGACCUGUGACGAAUCCAACCCACCGGAAGGAACGAAAUACGUGUGCUCGUGUACCUCGGGAUUUUCUGGUGACAGGUGUGAAGUUUCACAAACUGACCACUGUGCAAACUCCCCAUGCAAAAAUGGUGGAACGUGUACAUCCGGUUCAACGACAUUCACUUGUCAAUGUGACGGUACUGGAUAUACCGGAGACACUUGUGAAGAAUCCAUAUCUACAAAUCCCUGUGACCAGCACCAAUGUUUGAAUGGUGCUACCUGUCAAGCAGAUAAUACCAAACCAGACGGUUACAGGUGUGACUGCGAUACCGGUUAUACCGGCGACAAGUGUCAGGCAAUUGACUAUUGUGCAAACUCCCCGUGUAAAAAUGGUGGAACGUGUACAUCCGGUUCAACGACAUUCACUUGUCAAUGUGACAGUACUGGAUAUACCGGAGACACUUGUGAAGAAUCCAUAUCUACAAAUCCCUGUGACCAGCACCAAUGUUUGAAUGGUGCUACCUGUCAAGCAGAUAAUACCAAACCAGACGGUUACAGGUGUGACUGCGAUACCGGUUAUACCGGCGACAAGUGUCAGGCAAUUGACUAUUGUGCAAACUCCCCGUGUAAAAAUGGUGGAACGUGUACAUCCGGUUCAACGACAUUCACUUGUCAAUGUGACAGUACUGGAUAUACCGGAGACACUUGUGAAGAAUCCAUAUCUACAAAUCCCUGUGACCAGCACCAAUGUUUGAAUGGUGCUACCUGUCAAGCAGAUAAUACCAAACCAGACGGUUACAGGUGUGACUGCGAUACCGGUUAUACCGGCGACAAGUGUCAGGCAAUUGACUAUUGUGCAAACUCCCCGUGUAAAAAUGGUGGAACGUGUACAUCCGGUUCAACGACAUUCAAUUGUCAAUGUGACAGUACUGGAUAUACCGGAGACACUUGUGAAGAAUCCAUAUCUACAAAUCCCUGUGACCAGCACCAAUGUUUGAAUGGUGCUACCUGUCAAGCAGAUAAUACCAAACCAGACGGUUACAGGUGUGACUGCGAUACCGGUUAUACCGGCGACAAGUGUCAGGAAAUUGACUAUUGUGCAAACUCCCCGUGUAAAAAUGGUGGAACGUGUACAUCCGGUUCAACGACAUUCACUUGUCAAUGUGACAGUACUGGAUUUACCGGAGACACUUGUGAAGAACCGAUACCUACAAAUCCCUGUGACCAGCACCAAUGUAUGAAUGGUGCUACCUGUCAAGCAGAUACUACCAAACCAGACGGUUACAGGUGUGACUGUGAUACCGGUUAUACCGGCGACAAGUGUGAAGACCCCAUAACAGAUCCCUGUGACCAGAACGAAUGUAUGAAUGGUGCUACCUGUCAAGCAGAUACUACCAAACCAGGCGGUUACAGGUGUGACUGUGAUACCGGUUAUACCGGCGACAAGUGUCAGGAUAUUGACACAGGAAAUCCCUGUGAUAACAAUCCCUGUCAGAAUGGCGGUAGCUGCGUGGAGACCCCUGGGGAGGAGGAUCCCUACAGGUGUGACUGCCCAGCAGGCUAUCCCGGUAGUCACUGUGAAGGCCGAUCGUGUACGUUUGAGAAAAAGAAUGAUCCUGCCUGCUUCCUAGACACCCAGGAUUCUACAUCAUUCUGGCGUAGAAAACGGAGACGAACUCCUUCCCGCAGAACAGGUCCACGAAAGGCUUAUGAGGGACAAUAUUACUAUUAUUUCGAAGCUUCAAAGCGCACCCCCGGAGAUCCAUAUUAUUUCUUUGACAACGGAGUCUUGUUUGAAAAUAAGGUGCACUGCCUGAGUUUGUAUUACCAUAUGAAAGGAAGCGGCAUGGGGACUUUUGCAAUUUAUACCUAUAAAACAAGCUAUGUGGAACAUUUUUCAAUCAGCGGUAACCAAGGAAACCAAUGGCAUAAGUUGGAACUGGAUCUUCCUCUAGACGAACAAACAUAUAUUAUGGUUAUGGCUGUUAGAGGGGAUACGUUCCGAAGUGAUAUUGCAAUAGAUGACGUCAAACUGAUGCCAAACCCAUGUUCAGAUUGAUUUAUUGCAAGAAGCGGACAGUUUUAUUUCCAAUAUGGCACUUGAAUAAUCUUUGAACAUUUAUGUAGCAGACAAAUUUGUUCUCAUUUUUGUACUUCAUUGUAUAAAAUAUUUAUAUUUUCUUAUUGUCUUGAUUUUCCCAAUUUAUAUCUUCUUUUCUGUGUAGAUCUCCCUUUUUUUUCCUGUCGUUUUUGGUCAAAUUUGCACUUUCAUGUUCUCAAUAUUUUCAUGCUUUUAGAUUUUAGCCGAUGUAAGUGUCUCAUUAAGAAAUCUGUAUUAAUAAAAAUGGUAUACAGCA